AUGCCAGAGAUGCAGGACGCAACUACACCGGCAGCAGCAGCGGGGUCCAGUGGUGCCUCUUCUACGCAGGCGGCAACAGCCCAACCUGGCCCAUCUACCACGAAACAGCCCAGGUGGACCACCUUCCCUAAGACCCUGCAUCCGUCUGCGACCCCAUUACCUCUCUCGGACCUCCCAGAUCGCUUAGCCGCCAAGUCUGUCCCGGGAUAUGAGGUGGAUAUCACGGUCCCGUCGAAUGACGGGGUAGGGACGGAGAUGAGACGGCCACACUGGGAUGAGCUACCGCUUCGGAAAGAAGACAACACUCCAGGAUCAUCCCCACACAGCCACCUCACCCAAAUCGAGCCGUACCAAGACUUUCUGGAGAACUUUCGGCCCGGGUCCAAGCACCUCCUCCGGGGUGUCCGAUGGGACAAGUCAAAGGGCGAGGUGUACGAUGCGAACGCAGAGGAAUCUUAUCCGAGUCCCGAGAUCCUCGUGGGCGAGGGGAUAGGUUCAGGGCGGAUAUGGCAGGUCAUGGAGGGGCGGAUACGGCUCCCAGAGGGGACAUUAAUCAAUGGAGCAGCACCCGGCGCAGCGGACGAGGCGUCACGAUGGGAUCUAAGAAAGCUGAAGGGCGCGCUGGCUAUCUCAGAUAGGGCAGACUUCGGAGGGAAACCGACCAAACCGGACUCAGAUGGCGAUAGCGAGGGAGACUCGUACGAUGAGGACGAGUACUUCUAUCCCCGUAGGCAACGCCCGCCCAAGAUCGCGGAUCCCGACCCAUCCUCGCUGGAACCGCUCAGUGAGUACUGGCAGGACGUUCUCCGGCGCGAUCAGGUCGUCAUCAAGUUCGCCUGCCCAGUGGCCAACGACAACGGCCCGUACAAGUUAAAGGUCCCCAUCCCGCCGGAUCAGGUCGAAAAGCAGAUCCUGAAUGAAGCUCGGCUCUAUUCGUCCAAUCUCCGCGGCGUCCAAGGCGUAUACGUCCCCGCGUUCUACGGUCUCUGGACUUUCGAGGUGGCGGAGGGAAAAGCGUACAUGAUGGUACUGGAGCGGCUUAGCGAUCUGAGGAACGAGGAUAUGAGCCUUCGAAAAUCGGAGUUGCCGACAUGGCAGCAACGUGCCAUCUGCAACGCCUACAAAGCUAUUCAUAACGCCAACGUCAUCAUGGGCGAUAUCCUGACCGAUAACCUCCUAAUUCGAUACGACACGACCUGGAUCCCUCGGCGAAUGCUCAGGCCAAAGCCAUUCGGGCGCUAUGCUACUCGAGCUGGUCGGGCGAGAAGCAAACCCGCGCUCAAACUCAUCAAUUUCGACAUGGCGAUGGAUAUCUCCAGCUUGUCGCCGGAGGACCGGAAGAGAUUGAUCAAGCUGGAGCGUGAGAAGGUCUCGGAGAAGUAUUGGCUCGGGACGGCGUUAUGGGAGGAGUGCGAGGCUGCGAGCGGGUCAAGUUGA